ACUGUACAUACGGUCCACAUUCUAGAGCACGAUGUCUGCCUGUUCAUAUCUUGAUUGUUAUCGCGAACCUUUGCUGCCAGACAGCAUUCGCUUACUUCGCCUACUUCCUAAUGAAGACGAAACGGCGCCCAUUCAAUGUGAGCUCUUCCACUACUCUCUGCAGGAAUCAGGCAGACGAACGCAUCCAUAUGAAGCUUUAUCCUACGUAUGGGGUCACUCAGGCAAUCCUCAAUCUAUCUUCAUACGCGAACAUAGAUCCAAAAGUGGACACGGAUUCACGAGCGGGAACGACCUACCCGUGACGGAAAACCUUCAUGCAGCAUUGACACAUCUGCGAUACCCCCUUUUUGAACGAAUCAUAUGGGUUGACGCUGUUUGCAUGAAUCAAAAAGAUGAUCGAGAGAAAGAACAACAGAUUCAGUUCAUGGCAAAGAUCUACGCGUUAGCAAGUCGUGUAAUUGUUUGGCUUGGGGAGGCAGCAGAAGACAGCGAUGAAGCGCUCCAUUGGAUACGUGUUGCUGGAGGUAUCAGGUCAAAAAUUCCUUUAAGCAACGAAACGGUCCAGCAGGCAAUUGUUGCGCUACUUCAACGACCGUGGUUUCGACGCGUCUGGGUGCUUCAGGAGGUUGCAGCCGCUCGUCAUAUCCUAAUCAUGUGUGGAACUACGGAGAUUGAUGGAUACGCCUUCUCCCUGGGCGUAGAUCUAUUUGAAGGGUUUGACGAUGCUCGUGUAGAUUUGCAGAGUGCAACCCGUUCGGUAACCUACCUGAUAAAGGGAUCCAUCUUUAGGUCUGACUUCUCAAUGAGUAGAUCAGGCAGAUCUUCUCUGGAUAUAUGCCCGUUAGGGGAACUGGUAGAUCUGUAUCGUACUCACGAGGCCACACGGCGCCACGACAAGGUAUUUGCUUUGAUAGGCAUGAGCUCUGAUGAUCUUAGCAAAGCAAAGUUAUUACCUGAUUACAGCGGCUCAUGGGAAGAACUCUUAAAGCGACACCAUUCAAGAUGGGACAGAACAUCAACAACAUCCGUCCAAAAUGAAGACGUCAUUUGCCUUCUCCAAGGCGCUUCAAACCCAACGAUCAUCAGACAACGUCAAGAUCAUUUUGAAGUUAUAGCUAUUGCAGCUAGACCUCUAGAGAGAAUUCUAGUGUCAAGUGGACCUACCGACUGGCCAACAUUUUUAAAAUCAGGAAUACCCUUCAUCCACGACUUGAUACUUAUCUGGGACUGGGAAAUUUCUUUAGACAGGUUGCAAUACCCAGAAAGAUGCGAUGAGAUGUUCGGAUGUUCGACGGAGCUUAGAGGCUCUUUGGAGAGGGCAACCAGAAUAUGGAACGUUGCACGAGUAUUAGGAGAAGCAAGAGCGUCCGAAGAGGCGCUAAAAGUACUUCCAGAGGCAAUCAAGCGCUAUGAGACAGUAUUUGGGAUACAGCCUUCGCAAGAAUUGGAAAAUGAAUACGAUUUGACGCCGCUAUCAUGGGCCUCAAAGAAUGGGCAUGAUAUUGUAUUACAACUACUGCUUGCAAAAGAUGGCGUCGAUCCGAACAUGAAAGAUGGCCAAUCGAAUCGAACGUCACUUUCUUGGGCAGCCGAGAAAGGGCAUGAGACUGCAGUUAAGCUACUACUCGAUACGGGCAAGGUUGAGGUCGACUCAAAGGAUGUAUGGGGUCGGACACCACUCUGGUGGGCAGCUGAGAGAGGGCACGAGACUGUAGUCAAGCUGCUACUUGAGACAGGCAAGGUCGAGGUGAACUCGAAGGAUAUGUUUGAGAGGGCCCCACUCUCGAGGGCAGCUGAGACAGGGCACGUUGCUGUAGUCAAGCUACUGCUACUUGAGAUGGGCAAAGUCGAUGUUGACUCAAAGGAUUUCUGGGGUCGGACACCACUCUUUUUGGCAAGGGAGAACAGGCACAAGAACCUAUUUUUACUUAGAAAACUAUUGCUUUGA